AUGUUCGCUCUGGCGAUUUGCCUGCUAUGUGUGCGAUUUGCAUAUUCGUUCGACCAUAGUGGCGAAGUUUCAUCCACAAUGAGUCCGCUGCUGAUUCAUAGCAUGCUGGAGCAGAACAAGUUCAUUCGUUACGUGCAAACUUUGCCUGUUGCAAACAAUACCAAGAAUACGAUGCUGAUGGUCGCUAGGAUCCGAAAGCGUCUGCCAGAGGACACGCAUUACAACACGACCACAUUCUUGAGCUAUAUUGCACAGUAAGUUAAAUUUCCGACGGCGUUAACAGGCCUAGACUUCAAUGGCUUAAAAACUAUACCUAGGAAAGACUACUACUCCUCUAACAAAAUCAUGCUUUCAGCUACGACAAAACCUACUCCAACGAAUACGAAGCCGCAGAAAAGUAUAAGAACAUUCGUUAUUCAAUGGACGAGAUCGAAGUUCAACAAAAGCAGAACCCUCUCGCCGUUUUUGGGCUCACCCAAUUCUCGGACAUGACAACAAGCGAAUUUAUUGCAGUACACACGUGUGGAAGACAGACCAAGCCUAUGUCUCAUUUCGCGAGUAGACUUGGUAAGAUUUUGCCAAUUUACAAGCAAAUUUUGCAGUGCUUCCAGUCUCAAAUAAUGCCAAAUUUAGUCGCAAAAAGUAUCGCAGAGACAGAGAAAACUCUCUUUCAAAGUCAAUCUCGUCUAGUGUAAUACUUUGUGACUCCUUUUCGGCCUUAUUUACUACUGAAACCGGACCAACAUUCAAUCAUUUUCUUGUUUACCAAAUCCCUCAAUAUUUUCCUGUAAGAUUCGUUUUUUCCAGAAGAAAAACCCUUAACCAUUGCGUCGCCCCGUGUUCGCGCCGAUGAUUCAUUCGAUUGGCGAAGCAAAGGCAAAGUUACACCUGUCCGGAACCAAGGAAAAUGCGGAUGCUGCUAUGCUUUCGCCGCUGUAGCAGCCGUCGAAAGUCAACACGCCAUCAAAACGGGCAAGCAACUCCAUCUCAGCGAACAAGAAGCCAUCUCCUGCACGUACAAAGUCGCAAAAUACGGCAACAACAAUGGCUGUAAUGGUGGACAAUCGGACGGAGUGUUCAAAUAUGUGAUCGACAACGGACUCACAACGGAAAGUAGCUUCAAAACCGUGUCGCCAACGACGUUGCAAAUCCCAAAAUGCAAAAAGGGCCGAGCUGCGGCAAGAAUCAGCAGGCAGUCGAGAUUGCCGUCUGGAGACGAGAAGAGCAUGCAGAGCAUGGUCAAAUCCGUUGGACCUAUCGUCACUUGUAAGUAAAAGGAAACAUUUUUAUACAAAAUCAAAGCAGUGGGGCAAAGCCCGAUGUUGUAGACGGACUUUCUAGCCUUUUUUAAACGUAAAAGAUCGCAAACGUUUGUCAAAAACGCUUGGUCAAGACUUUCUACAACGAUAUGCAACCCUUCAAAACUAAUUUUCUGGAACAACCUCCAUUUUUCAGACAUUGAUGCCGACCCAUUGAAGAAUUAUCGAAGCGGAAUCGUUUCAAGCCGAGGGGGUCAAGUCAACCACGCUGUCCUCACCGUAGGCUACGGACGUGAUCACUGGAUCAUCAAGAACUCAUGGGGAACUUCAUGGGGAGAGAAGGGAUACUUCCGAGCCGCCAAAGGAAAGAACACCCUGAACUUGGCGGAAUACAACUUCGCUGCCUAUAAGUAA